GUUUGAUUCAUAUGAAUAGCAUUAAACACAACACACACUCCAUCUGUUGGGUUAGACUUCACUGCAACACAUGUUUGACUUUUAAACACAAAUAACAUGUCUUUUGUUUGUUUUUAACCAUUGGAUCAAUUGAUGGACACAAUGAAUGACAACGAGACCAACGACGACCACAAGACUAUAAUGUUUAGUGAGUUAAGGGAUGCACUGAUUGGUCCAAACCGUAUAAGAAGUAAUAAUAUGUUAAUACCGGUGACAUUGGGUGGACAGACAUUCAAGACGAGGGAUGAGCUAAUGAUAGAGAGGGCCGUCGAGAGCUGUACUUUCAAGACUGGUCUGAGUUGUGUUAUGGGCUUUGGAUUGGGUGCAGCAAUCGGUCUGUUUUCGGCCAGUGUUGGUCCCGAAGCACUGCAAACAGAAACACAAACCCAAACCGUAAGACAAGUACUAAAAGAAAUGAAAGUCAAGACCAUGUCUUACGCCAAGAACUUUGCCAUUUUGGGCGCUAUGUUUGCAGCCAUCGAAUGCACCAUUGAAUCGCAUCGGGGAAAGAGUGACUGGAAGAAUGGUACGAUGGCUGGAGGUGUCACCGGAGGACUCAUUGGAUUAAGAGCCGGAGUCAAAGGUGGGGUAUUAGGCGCCGCCGGUUUUGCCGCAUUUUCCACUAUUAUUGACUACUAUUUACGUUAAUAUUUUUAUGAUUAAAAUUAU